ACUUCGACAUUUGAGUUUCUUUUCUUUUCUACGCAAGUGCAAGUGCGGAUUGGUUAUGGCUGAUGAAAUAAAAAUUUCUGAAACCGGAGAAGGAAACAAUGAUAAGGCAUGAUAUUUUCAUACAAUAACUAUUAGUUAAAUAUGUUGUAUAAUGAGGAUCAUCAGAUUGAGGAAUAUUAUUAGAUUUCCUCUUACUGGCUUUACAAGGACUAUCUCUUGGAAAUUUUGACUCAUAAAAUAAACCUAGAAUACGGUACAAAAAGAAACUAGCUUUCAUGGAAGAAAGUAUCUUGAAGGAACUAGAUAGCUAUCUGUCGCAGUUCAGUUACUUGGCUGGUUUUCAACCCACAGAUGUUGAUUCCUUAGUAUUCGAAAAAUUGAAUUCGAUUCAACUAGACAAAUAUCAGCAUACCAGACGCUGGUACACUCAUAUUGCAAGUUUUGGAGUGGACAGAUUGAAAUUUCGUCACUUUGAUAUCAAAUCUCAAGAUUUUCAAGGAGUGCAGUUCUUCGAUACUUCUUCGCUAGCUUCCAGUCAAGUAACUGUUGAGAGGGCAAAAAUGAAAGAAAAGAAAAAAGUUGCCAACCCGGCAACUGGAGUUUCUGAAAUGAAGCCAUGGCCUUCUUACAUACAGGAGAGAUUAUCUCUAUGGGAUAAAUUGAAGGCUGAGUAUGAAGCAGACUUGGCUGCCAAAGCAUCUCAGCCCAUCACUGUCACUCUACCUGAUGGCAAAGAAAUCAAGGGCGAAUCAUGGAAAACUUCUCCCUACGACAUUGCCAAAGGCAUCAGCCAAGGAUUAGCAGAUAAUGCGGUCAUAGCAAAGGUGAACAAUGUUCUGUGGGAUCUUGAUAGACCUCUGGAAAAAGACAGUAAACUGCAGCUACUGAAAUUCGAUGAUCCUGAAGCUCAGCAAGUGUUCUGGCAUUCGUCUGCUCAUAUGCUGGGAGAAGCAAUGGAGAGGGUGUAUGGAGGCUGCUUAUGCUAUGGACCUCCUAUUGAAAGUGGCUUCUACUAUGAUAUGUUCAUCGCCGACAAGCAGGUAUCGAAUGCUGAUUUUCCAUGUCUGGAAAAUGUUGUAAAAACCAUUACAAAAGAGAAGCAGCCUUUCGAACGGCUUGAGGUUAAGAAGGAACAUCUGCUGGAAAUGUUCAAGUAUAAUGAAUUCAAAGUGAGAAUUCUGAAUGAGAAAGUGACAACUCCAACCACUACAGUCUACCGAUGCGGUCCUCUGAUUGAUCUGUGCAGGGGACCACAUGUUCGCAAUACUGGAAAGAUUAAAUCAUUCAAAGUUACUAAGAACUCAGCCACAUACUGGGAAGGAAAUGUUGCGGCGGAGUCACUGCAGAGAGUCUAUGGAAUUGCGUUUCCUGACACCAAGCAGAUGAAGGAGUGGGAGAAAUUCCAGGAAGAGGCUGCUCGACGUGAUCAUCGGAAACUGGGAAGGGAGCAAGAGCUUUUCUUUUUCCAUGAGUUGAGUCCUGGCUCGUGCUUCUUCCACCCAAGAGGGGCGCACAUCUACAAUAAGCUGAUCGAAUUCAUCAGAUCAGAAUACAGGAAGAGAGGCUUCCAGGAGGUGGUCACACCCAACAUCUACAAUGCUAAGCUGUGGCAAACUUCAGGUCACUGGCAGCAUUAUGCUGAAAACAUGUUCUCAUUUGAUGUAGAGAAAGAAAUGUUUGCCUUGAAGCCAAUGAACUGUCCUGGACAUUGUUUGAUGUUCGAUCACAGACCGCGUUCAUGGCGUGAACUGCCACUGAGGCUGGCUGACUUCGGAGUGCUCCAUCGUAACGAGCUCUCUGGUGCUUUGACCGGCCUGACAAGGGUGCGAAGGUUCCAACAGGAUGACGCGCAUAUCUUCUGCACCGUCGGACAAAUCGGUCAAGAAAUUACUGGUGCCUUGGACUUCCUGAGGAGUGUCUAUUCAGUUUUCGGUUUCUCAUUUAAACUGUGUCUUUCGACUCGACCUGACAAAUACAUGGGGAAAAUUGAAGAUUGGAAUGAGGCUGAAAAGCAAUUGGCGAACAGUCUGGAUAAGUUUGGAGAGCCGUGGAGUGAGAAUCCAGGUGAUGGCGCUUUCUAUGGGCCAAAAAUCGACAUCACCAUCAUGGACGCCCUGAGACGCAACCACCAGUGCGCCACCAUACAAUUGGACUUCCAGCUGCCCACUCGCUUCAACUUGUCCUACAUCGGCGAGACUGGGGAUAAAAUCCAGCCGGUGAUCAUCCAUCGUGCCAUCCUCGGUUCAGUGGAAAGAAUGAUCGCCAUUCUUACAGAAUCCUACGCCGGAAAAUGGCCAUUCUGGUUGUCUCCCCGCCAAUGUAUGGUCAUUCCUGUAGCAGAGCCUUUCAACGAGUAUGCCCACAAGGUGAAAGAUGAAGUUUACGAAGCGGGAUUUGUCUGCGAAGUUGAUGUUGAUCAAGGAGACACCAUGAACAAAAAGAUUCGAAAUGCCCAGCUUGCUCAAUACAACUACAUCCUUGUGGUUGGAGAAAAAGAGAAAUCUGGAAACACUGUCAAUGUACGAACAAGAGACAAUAUAGUUCAUGGUGAAAUGACCAUUCAGCAACUGAUUGAUAAAUUCAAGCUUCUUGCAAAGGAGAAAACUAUUGAUAAAGUUGAAGAAUAAAAUGAAAAGCAAUAAAGUGAAUGCAAUCACCGGAGCUCUCCAAUUACAUCUUUGAUAGAUAAUUUCAUUUUUAUUUGCAAUUUUUCAUCUUUUUAAAUCUUUCUUGUGUAACCAAGAUGACUUAGUCAUAGUAUUUAUUAUUUUUUAUCACCUUCUGCAUUUUGAUCUAGCAGUGGAUUCUUUUACCAUUCUAAGGUUUCUUUGCAUAGCUUUUCUUGAAGCUACCUAGCUUUAUUCCUUUGUGAUUAAACUUUACGUUUGUCAUCAUCAAUGAUGUAUUGUGAUCAGAUGUAUUGUGGGUUAUCCUAGAUUGCUCAUCAAUAAAGAUUUUUUGGGUGAUUCCUGUA